UAUCAAACUUCUUGGUCGCUCUGCGAGCGUUUGUCGAGCGCGCGUAAUAUAACGGUGCAUCUUUGAAUUGCUCUUUGAAUUGCAUGGUGUUAUCCACCUCUCCUCACAUUUUUUGUUGAAAUCUCCGGAAGGGUGAAUGUUGGAUAAACUUAAACUCGUUGGUACAUGGAUGAUUUUGUAAAAGAAAGCCUACUGAAAUGGAUUACACUGAUAAUCAAAACAGAUGUUACAGACACUGACUUGAGAGAUGGAACAGUAUUCACCCAACUAAUAGACCUUUCACAUUAUGUACCCAAAGUGACUGAUUUAGGGUGUGUUAAAGACCAGAUUACUUCCUUUCUGGAUGGCACUUUCCAAUCUAACGUGUCAGAUUUGUUUGACAUCGAUGGAGUGAUAUCUGGCGUAUCUGCUGAUCUGGAGGUGUAUGGUGUAUGCUUGACAGUUUUAUUAGGAUGUCUUCAAAGUCCCUGUAAACAAUCAUUCAUGGAUGCUGCUUUGGAUUUAACUUUGGAUAUGCAGACUGCUAUAUUUCAUCUGAUUCGAGGGCCUAUGAUCCAUCUAUCCUUCCAUCAUGAAUUCACACGAGAAUUAGUCAUAAACACACUUUUAAAUCCAUUCCCUGGCGUGCAAAAUGAUAGUCUGCUGAUUCAUCAUCCGGAUGUUUGUCAAACAGAGGAUGAAACGGGAGAACAGCCUCCGAGGGCAUUAUCUUCGAGUGAUAUUCCUGGUUGUCAGAAAUCAGUGAGUACUGCUAAUAAGGAUCGUGAUCUCUCAGUGAAGACUUCCGACUUCGAAUUUUUACGUCCCACUUCACCUUCGCGACAUGUUAGUAAACAAACAAAUAAGACGAAAGAUGCUUCAAGUCACCAGAGACCCAAUGAUUUGUCUUUGUUUAGCACCCUUGAUUUAAAUUUAAGUGCUACAUCAUCUCGUCUGAAUCUAGCCGACACUCCAGAACGCAAUACAAACCAUGGUCAUCAUGGGAUUCCACAACCAGCUUCACCGCUUACAUCUCUGAAAUGUCUUUUGGACUCUCCGUCCUUGACACACAAGACACAGCUACGAGAAUCAGAGCGUGAAAAACGACGUUUGCUAGCAGAACUUGAAAAGGAACGGACUUGCAGAGAUGAAGCUGAAAGUUUAGUUGCUGGACUUCGAAGUCAAGUUGAAAAAGCUACGCUACGAGCAACUGAGUCAGAAUCACGUGCCUUGCGCCUCUCCCGUGAAUUAAAGGCGCUUCAUGAUCAGGGCGAUGAGUUGGCUCAUUGUCGAAAUGAAUUGGCGCUGAAAGAAAAAGAAAUUACAAGUCUAAAACAGCGUGUCAAUGGUUUUCAAGACCUUAUGGCACAUUCCCGAAAAUUAGAGUUGGAAAAAAUAGACUUACAGCAAGAAUGUGAAGAUCUUCGUCUAAAGGUAGAUCAACAGUUGUGUCAAAUAAGAGAAUUCAAAGAGCGACGUAUUAAAUGUAGUGAAAUUGAAGAGCUUAAGUCAAAAUUACGUGAAGUUGAAGCUCAGUUAGCUCAACAAUUACGUGAACGUGAAAUGAUUGAAAAGGAUACAAGACAACAAAGUGAAAUGUUAUCACAACUGAAACUACAGUAUUCAAUGAAAAAACCUCAUCCUUGUGACACGUCAAAUGUUAUCAAUCAGUCUGUUUGUAACGUUGACGAAGUAGAAUGUGAUGUACAAAUACCUGCAAGUCCAUUAUUGAAUGGAAAUGGAUUACAAAAUAAAGAAUCUGUGUUGAAUAAUUCAUGCCAAGACUUGUCGUUCUUUAAACCCGGUGAAAAUUUGGGCAGCGUUUUAGAAGAUGACUUAAAAUCUGCACGUUUAUUCAUAUCAAAAUUACAACUGCAGUUUGAUGAAGAAUUAGGAUCAGCUAAACAAUUACUGGAAGAAAAAACGAAACGUUUAUGCGAACUUGAACAUAUUAUAAGUACACGGAUGGCAUUAAUCACGAUGGAUGUCGCCACACAAACUGAAGUUUUCCAUGCAUCAACCAAUUCUGAUGAAUUAUUGUCUCCAGAUUUACUGCAAACUUUAACAGUUGAUGCGUGUAGUGCAUCAGCUGCAGAUAGACGAGGUCUUUCAGAUGAACUAGUUCGCUUGCACGAGGAAAUAGCCGAUUCAAAAAGUUAUGCCCGAGAACUUGAACAAGAGUUAGCAGAAGCUAAUGAAGAAUUACGUUGUACUAAAGAUGAAUUGAUUGUACAAACUACUCUGUGUAAUAGAAAUCAACAAAAUUGGAUUAUACUGGAAAAAGAAUAUCGUGAAUUACAACAUCAAAAUAGAUUAUUACAGAAUAAUUUAUUAUCAGCUGAAGAGAAUCUUUCACGUACAGAAGCGACUCCGCAGAGUGAAGAAUUUGAAGCAGCUCGUAUGAAUUAUGAAAAAGAAAUUAAUCUAUUAAAUCAACAGUUAGUGGAAACAACCUUUGAAUGCCGUCGACUAGAAGCAGAACGUGCUCGUGUCGCAGAGCGUAAUUCAGAUUUACAACGUGAAUUAGAAACGACUAGAAUUCUAGUGGAUUCAUUAAAACAGAAUUCUGAAAGUAAAUCAAUCGAUUGUCAUUAUAGUAGUAGUCAACCAAGAAGAAGUGCACCAGUAAUUGGACCAUUGGAUCACAAUCAUCAGCAUCAUCAUCAUCGUCUAUAUCAUCAGUACAAUAGUGUACUUUCUAAAAAUGCCAGAGUUAAUCAUCAAAGACGCUUAAGUGAUUCUCUUGAAGAUUGGGAGGAUAGUGAUCAUCAUGAUGAUGACAAUGAAGAUUUUUCACAGUCUCAUCAGAUUCGAUCAUCUAUUUAUCCAUAUGAAAUGAAACAACCAGUGAAUCAGCCUGAACAUUAUUCUUGUGCUAUAGUUAAUCAUUCAAGUGAAGCUGCUUAUAAGCCGAGAUCUACUAUGAAUGGGAAUAAAAAUAAUGAAAAUUUAGGCUACUCCAAGCGUAAACGUCAUUUAUCAAAGUUACGCACAGAUUCAAAACAUUUAAGUCGUCUAGCUUCUAGAACACAAGAAUUAGAAGAAUAUGCUAUUCGACUACGUGAACAAUUCGAUCAGAUUCUGUCAGAAGAAGAAGAAGAGGAGGAGGAAGAGGAAGAGGAAAAUGAGGAGGAGGAGGAGGAGCAAGAUUCUAAACAACAGUCAUUGACUCAAAUGAAUUCUUUGAUAGGCGUUUAUCCAAAUAUAGCAGAAGCAAAUAACACCACUAAUAUGAAUGGUAAUAAUAAUUACAAUAAUAAUGACGGUAAUAACAAUAAUAAUAACAACAAGCAUAUGAUGACAGCACCUUCAAUCACUGGAAAGAGUCAUCAACAUACAAAUGGUUAUACCAAUGAAUAUGUUGACAAUGGUGAUUGUUAUGCUGUUCACGAACAAGAUACGGAUGCCGAUUCAUCAGCUUAUACAGACUUAAGUCAAGUCUCUCCGGUGUCACAGCCAGUUGACUCAGGAUCUGCAAAUACUAAUAAACUAACCACUGCUAAUCAUCAUGUACAAACUAACGGAUUUUAUAAUGAUAAAUUGCUGUCACAAGCUUCUUGUCAAACUACUGGGCAUAUUUCAACAGCUUCAAAGAGUUCAAGGAAUAGUCCACCUUUAUCUUCUGAUCCUAAUCGUCUUAAAGAAUUACAUUUGCGCAAUCGUCAACAGCCUUCACAUUUACGAUCAAGCUAUCCAGUGGAAACACAGGCGAUCGAUUCAACUGAUAUUGUCGGCACCUUAAGUCAAAUAACUACUGAUAACAAUCUGUCGAAUAAAAUCAAAAGUCGAAGUCAUAAAGGACAUCAUCAUUAUCAUCACACAAAAGAGUCUUCCAUAUCAAAUAGUGCCAACAGUCAGUCUACUAUGUACAAUACAACAGCAAAUAACAAUACUAGUGUCAGUCGACUUGUUCCAUCCGCUUUAUCGAAUGAUCCGAAACACACCUCUCAAAUUAAAUCUAUCCAAAACAGGAAUAACUUUGAAUCAGAUUCAACUCCUUCACCGUUGGCUGCUGGUUAUCAGCCAUUACCGAAGGAUAUACAAUCUCUGGGUGAAGCGUUAAUUUCAGCAUCUGUAGAUAGUAAAGCCAUGAAUUAUGUGUUAACCACCCAUCCUAAUCUUAUCAAAUCUGUAGUCUCUGAAAAAGAAACUACUCCUUGUAGGUCGUCGUACUCACUCACCACCAACGGCCUUCAGAACGGUGUACAUCAUGCGUUAUCGUCUUCAGAGAGAAAAAUUGAAUAUCGUAACAGUGUUCCUGAAGCUUUUUCAAAUCAUAAUAAAAUCCAUAAUCGCUAUGUUGAAACGCGCAAUGGAAGAAAUAGCGGCGGUGAAACAUCAUCUGAUAAUGAAAAUGUAAAUCCCCCUCCUCCUCCUCCUACAUCGACUGCUGCCAUGGUCAAUCGUCGACUUACUCAUUCUGGUUUAUUUGUCAAACCAUUGAAUCCUGUUCAAAAUCAUCGAAGUAAACGGGUGGAUGCAUAUUCUAAUCAACGAAAUUGUGUUUCACCAACCAAUUCUGUGCGUAGUGUAGAUGAUCUUAGUGGUGCAUCAAGUAUACGUAGCAGUAAGAGUUCUAUUGCCUUUGAAAUAAAAAAUGAUCAUAAAUCAACUGUCCGACGUGGACCUGCACGAUUGCCUUCACAAAUCAAUGGUAAAUCAGGGAAAUCAAAAAAGAUGAACAGUGGUGGUGCUGGUGGUGAUCGGGCUAUGCAACGAAUUAAUUGUCAACCUGCAUUUAAUGAAAGUAAACUGGCGACAGCUACUCAAAUUAUUCCACAAAGACAUAUUACACCUUAGACUUUUUAUCCACUAUGUAUUAAUAUAUGAUUUUUUCUACAAAUCAAAGAGGUCUGCCCAUCAUUUUAUUAUAUUUCAGUUAUCAAGUGGCAAUACUUGAAUAUAUUGAGAACCAAUUCUCUCUUCUUCUUUUUUUUACUUCCAAGACCCCCAUUUUGUCUCUUUAAAUAAUACCUAUUCAAUAAAUCGGAAUGCUUUGUACAUUCCAGUUCAUUUGAUUCAGGCUAAGAUGAACCUGGGGUUUUGGAUUUUCUCUUUCUUUUUUUUUUACUAUACCCCCUCUUGAUGUUGUUGUUGUGGUUGUUUCACAAAUUUGUCUUUUAAUCCACACGCAAAGUCUUUUGUGUGCGUAUGUGUAUGUGUGUGGGGGGUUAAAAUUGUACAUUUAUUUGUUUAAUUUUUUUAAAAAAAUUUUUAAACUGUAAAGUUAACCUACCUAUCUAAGUAUCUUUUGUUUAGUUUUCUUGAAUGACUCUCAGUCCGAUUUUCUCUCUCCUUUUUUUUAACAUGUUUGUGUAUACCAAUAUAAAUACUGCUAAAAUCCUUAAUAGUGUUCCAACACCACACAUUAUUAUUCUUCCAAUGCUUUUAUUUUCUACACAAAUUUUUUUUUUAAAAAAAAUAUGAAAACCGACCAAAUAAUCCCGGUUUCCAUCCAUGCUGCCUAUUUUAUCGUAAGAAAAAAACAAAACAAGAAAAUUCUCUGUAUAUUUCUUAAAUGAUUAAUGAAUAAUAAUAAAAGUAUGUGAUUUUC